CGUCACUGACGCAAACAGCAGCAGCGCAGGUUAGCAUUGUUAGCUCACGUGUUUGCAGAAAUCAGGUUUUUCCGUCUGAAUUGCGUGAAUUGAGCGCUGACUGCUGCAUAAUUUAUAAUUUCUAAUUUCUGUGGGCCGCCUGAGUGAGGUGUUUUGCUGCUGCGGGUGUUUAGGAGUUGAGUGAACAAGCAUGUGGACCUGGAGCCGCCGUGUCCUUCAGGACCUGCUGCUGCUGCCGGUGACCAGGAGCUUCAGUCUGACUGCUGCUCAGCAAACAGUUGUGGUGGAGAGAUGGUGGCAGGUCCCUCUUUCCAAAGUAGGCAGGCCCCCGAGGCUUCACCCCCGAAGACAUAGAAUCUACAAACUGGUGGAAGACACUACACACACACCCACUGAAAAGAUGGAGCUCAUCCUGACUCAGAACAUACCAAAACUCGGUGGGCGCGGAGACACCGUGUUUGUGAAGAAGUCUGUAGGUCGAAAUAAACUGCUGGCCCAAGGUCUCGCAGUGUAUCCAUCAGCAGAGAAUAAACAGAUGUUUUCUGAGGAGUUACGACUUUUGCGGGAGGGGAAGCCAGAGGACAGAAUCCAAACCCGCACUGGACAAAUGACUGUGGAAUUCCUUAAACGAUCCAAACUGAAGAUAAACAAAAUGCCCUCUGAUGAAUUCCAGCUGACCAAAGACGUCGUCUGCCGACAAUUUGGCAGGAAGUUGGGAGUUUUUCUAUCACCUCACACACUGAGUCUUCCAUUUGAACCAAUUAAGGACUUGGGCGAGUACUGGUGUGACGUUACGGUUAAUGGUGUAGACACAGUUCGUAUCCCCAUGUCACUGUUGCCGUAUGAAGACCAGUCUACGAGGCACCAGCAGCAGCUGAAGGCAGAGCGGCGGCGACAGGCAGCUGCAGACGUUAACGAAGCCGCCGCUCUGGAGGCCGUUUCUCCUGCAGUUGAACGGGAAGCUGGUGAGGACUCUGAGAAACAAGCUGCAGGAGGAACAGCUGCUGUUCAGGAAACCACAACAACCACAAAGACGGUCCAGGACACAACAGCACCUCAAAGUGAAAGCCCAGAUAAAAAUUGAAGAACUCUAAAUCAAAUGUUCACAUAGAACUUGGGUGUAAGUGACAGCAGUCGUCUGUGUGCUGGUUCAAGAAAUCCAGGGGAAAAAUGUUGAUGAACAAGUCCCUGUAAAUGUUUGUUCUAUUAAAACAAUAAUGUCAUAUAAAGGAAA